ACAUGCAGCACAAGUGCGAUAAUUAAUUAAUAAAACACUGGGUCCAGGGGGUGCAGGGUCUGGAGCUCCCGCAGGGAGGAGCGCCGUCGUCGAGAGCUGCGGCCAGUAACCUGGGGGAUGAUCUGACGGCAGAUGAGGUAAAGGUCGGACAGAAACGAUCCAUUAAUAAUAAUUACAGGUGAACGUACCUGUUAGGAACGGCGGACGCUCGUUACCAUAUUUUCAGCUCGUCGAUCUCGAUCCGUUGCUCGGGAAUCUACUUGUCAGGUCUGGGCAGGUGAGGCGAUGACGUCACGGGCACCUGAUGAGAGCCGAAACCGCUCGUUUCCUCGUUUUGUUUUCGUCGAAAUGACUCUUUAGUGCGGCUGUUUUAUUUACACCGUAAACCACUUUAUAGACCAAUUAUUCCCGCGUUUAACGAUUGUAACUGCGAAUCCUCGGGCCGUGGAGAAAACUGAAAAGUCCUUUAUUAUUUUAUUGUCAGACACGUCGUCGUGGUAGAAAGUGUCGUAAUUGUGUCGGCGAACAGACAUUUAUUUCUGAUUUAUUUCCGAGACGAGGCGACGAUCCGAACUGUUAUCGUCGGUUAUAAAUAUUAAUAGUUAAUAUCGCAUUGUUGUUAUCAGCUGUUACUGUUAGCAAAUUAACCCUCCCCCGGUCGCCGGGGAGAUGGUGUCCCGCGUGCCUGUCCUCUGUCUCGUGGUGUGCGCGCUCUCGUGGGGGUCCGCACGCGCGUCGCCCCUCCAUGGCGAGGAGAGGGAGGAGGAUGAGCGAGGAGCACCUGGAGUGUUUGUGCAGGAGGAAGCAGCUCACGGGUUCCUCGGCCGCCAUCUGCUCUUCAACAAGUUUGACUUUGAGAUGUUCACCCCGGGGAACCUGGAGCGUGAGUGCCUGGAGGAGGUGUGCAACUAUGAGGAGGCGCGCGAGGUCUUCGAGAACAUCCCCGCGACGGACUCUUUCUGGAAGCAGUACACAGCAGAUCUUCAGAAAAGUCCAUCGAAGCUGGACGUCAUAGGUCUUCUGGUUGGACUGGUGGCUGGGGGCGUGGCCAUCGUCAUUGUGAUCCUGCUCAUUUGUUACUUCAUUCAGGGAAGGUGCAAGAGCAACAGGUCAUCCCGGUCGUUCAGGACCCGCCCCCCUCGGACCAACGCGUCCCUCGUUGUCCGCAGACUGGAGGAGAUCUCCCUGCAGCCCGUGCCGAAGGACCCCGUAGACCCCUCAGGGCUGCCCUCCUAUGAACAGGCCAUCGCCAGCUCCGGUCCCCAUGAUGCCCCUCCCCCGCCGUACCCGGGGUCAAGAACAGGAAGCCUUCGGCAGUAGUCUGCGGCACGAUUGACCAGUCCCUCGGUCUUCCUCUCGAUUUCCACUGGACUUCCUCACUGUGAACACUUUCAUUCGCAUUGAUUGAAGUGUAAUUUACAGUAAUUAUACCAUAUGUGUAAUAUACAUAUACAGGUUCUUGUAUUUAUUGCUAAAUGAAAAUUUUUUCAACGUUUUUAUACAUUUAUGUUAAUAACAAUUAGAACACUAAAUUUAAUAUUUUAAAUCUACUCUAGAAUUGUUAGAAUAUUUUUACUGUGCUAAUUCCAGAUGUUAUAAUUGUUUAAAUGCUAGUUGAUGGCUGAAGUUAUUAGACAUUGUUCCUCAGAUCUCACUCAGGAAUGGAUUUUUUAAGGGAAGUCAAUGAUAUAAUGUCCCAUAUAUCUGUACAUUUUGCUUUGUUCUUUGAGGUACAAGUAAUUGCACAAUUGUUUGUUAAUGCUUGCAGAAAUUACUGUAUUUUCCUAUCAAUGAAUGUCCUUCGGCUGCAUGUGGCCAUUUUCCUUAAUGGGAAAUUACUGCUGAACCGAGGAAGUUUUGCAGAGUUUUUUUAAUAAAUAAAAA